AUGGGUUCACGAAGCAGCAGCGCAGGGGGUGAACGCGAGCCCCGACCCAGCAGCGGCGGCGGCGACAGUUCUCAACGAGCCGGGCGAGGUUCGCCCGCAUCUCCCACCGGGCACCGGCACAACUUCAGCGCAGCCGCUCCAAACCCGCGCCCUCGAAGGAGGCUUCCAAAAGUUAUCGCCGGCCCGCCUGGCGGGAGCGGGGGCGAGGAGCGCGCGGCGCCGCCGCGGCCCGGCCGGGCGCGCGCCCCCGCGGAGGAGCCGGUGGCGACGGGGCGGGGGGGGCGCCCGCCCGGCGCGGCGGCCGCGGGCGGCGAGGCGCCGGGUCCGGUGAAGAGGAAGCAGCGGCGGUACCGCACCACGUUCAGCACCUUCCAGCUGGAGGAGCUGGAGCGCGCCUUCCGCAAGUCCCACUACCCCGACGUGUUCACCAGAGAGGAGCUGGCCGUGCGGCUGGACCUGACGGAAGCCCGCGUGCAGGUCUGGUUCCAAAACAGAAGGGCAAAGUGGAGGAAACGUGAAAAAAAUGAAAUUCUGGGGACUGUUCCAGGAAUCUCCUUAACGCACCCACUUGGUCUAUUUUUGGAUGUUCCACUGAGUCAUUCUCCCCUCCUAGAUCACACGUGGAGGUCAAUGCCUCUUUCAACACUGGCUGUGCCAUCCAUGUCUCCAGCCUUUAGUCCUUCAACCUUAGGGCCAUUUGGCCUCAGCAGCCUUACCUGGACUUCUCUCUUCAGAAAUCCUAUUUUAAAUCCACAUUUUGGAAGGUUUCUCAAUGCUUUAAAUCCUCUCAUGACAACAGCUUCAGUACUAAUGAAAGCUCCUGGACCCCCAUCAGACCCUGCUCUUACUGCCUUCACUGAUCCAGCAGCAGUUGAAAGGAAAACGUCAAGCAUUGCAGCACUAAGACUCAAAGCGAAAGAACAUUCAGCACAAAUCCCUCAAUUAAACCUCAUCUCCAGUCUUACAAACACUAACAAAGAACUUUGUUAGGAGCUCUCCCACAGACUACAGCCACGGAGGGGAAAGUGAAUGCCUUCUCCAAUAAGUAGCUCCCGUUAGAGAGACACAUUUAAAAAGAGAAAGAAAACACACACACCCAGAGCUGUAGUUCCUCCAUCUUCAGUAAGGGACUGAAAGGAAAUAACCCCGCUAAAAAUUGGUUUCCUUCAUUACAACAUGAAAUCAGGUGGUAAAUUGGCUUGUAUCAUUUCUGACACUACAGAAAUAGAAGCAGGAACUAUCUCGUCUGUGUAAUUCAGGCUAACAUGAAUCUGAAGCUUUGAAAUCUUCAAACUCACCAGAUGCUAGUCCAAAGGUUCAAAAUUCUUCGUAGAAAUAACUUCAGUUUUCUAAGCAAUUCUUAACUCACUUCUCAGGAGGAACUCUUACAUGCAGUACUUGAGACGUAAGAAUCAGUACACAGUUACUAACUUUGAGACCAUGCUUCAUGUUGAAGUGCAAAUGCCAGUGAAAUCUUGCAUUUUAGACAGACUUAGCAGGAACAAGUUGGGGACUAUUUUCAGUAUAGGCUUUUGAUUCAGAGCUAGGUUUGUACAAAGAGAACCUUGUUUCAGACUAAAAAAAAUAAAUGUUUGCUUUAUGUUCAGGGUGGCAAUGUUUUAAUAAUUAAAAAAGUUUAACCUUUGUAUAUGAAAACUGUAUCCUGUGAAAGUAGGUUAUCAAUGCGCAGUAAAUUGCGUGUAGUUCUCUAUGUAUGUAUAUACGUAUCAAUAAGUAGCUCAUAGCUGUAAAUACGAGUUUGCUGAAUACUUUUAACAUGAUUACUGGCACAUCUUACCAGACCAGUAAGGUAAGAGAUUACUUGUACAUUUGCAGACAUUUCAUGCCUUGAGUAGAUUCAGAAUUUAAGUGAAAACUAAAUGUGAAGUGUUAAAUUCUUCCUUGGACUGAUGUUGGAAUGAGUGACAACAGAGACCUUACUGAGCAGGAGUCUACAGUUCGUCAAAAUCCUGGACUCCCUUUCUGACCUCUGACAGGUCAUUUUAAAGUUUUUGCUAAUUUCCCCCUCCAGGAAAUGGGACUGAGAACAACUCUCUCAUCUAUAGGUCUGAUGCUUUAGUGUAAAGUGAGGGUAAAAAGUAUCCUCCUUUUGCAGCUUACUCGCCUACCUCACAGGGCUGUUGUGAGGACUGAUUAAACAAA